AUGCCUGAAGGUGCGAGGGCAGUGUGGGCAGUGGAGGCGAGUGCGGUGGGUGUAGGUUGGUGCUUCACGCACUGGUUCGCCAGUCUCUGUGCGAUGGAUUCGCAAGUGACCGACCAGGCCGAUUGGUGAGGUGAAGGUACGGUCGCAGUGAGGGCAGGUGUAGUCCUGAUCCUCAUCGCUAGAGUUGGGGGAGGUGGUGGUAGUGUCGGUUGUUGUGCGCGGGACAGUCGCCUGAGCGGCCGCCGUAGGAGCAGUGGGCGAAGAUGAUGAUGAUGAUGAUGAUGGUGAUGAUGAUGAUGAUGAUGAUGAUGAUGAUGAUGAUGAUGAUGAUGAUGAUGAUGAUGAUGAUGAUGAUGAUGAUGAUGAUGAUGAUGAUGAUGAUGAUGAUGAUGAUGAUGAUGAUGGAAGUGGUGGGUCAGAAAAAUUUUUAGACAUAGUUGGCGGCAGAGAGGAGGAGGAAGAGGUGGGCGGGGGGACGAUGGUUAGUGCCGUUCGAGAGGCGCAGCAAAUCCGAAGAUAUCCAACAAGUCAAAUUCGAGCACGGAAUGUCCGUUGACAGCGAGGACAUGUUGGAGGCGGUUGUGCGGCGGCGUUGCGUACUGGGUGAAGUUGUGAUUUACGGGCUUCGCGUUUCGCUUUGGCGACAGCGAUGCGGUUGGCUUCGUAGAUCGCAGCGCCUAUCUUCAUUGUCCUCCUCCAGGUCGGUCCAUCGAGUGCGACCUCUUCCCAGUUGGUGGGGUUGAUUUGCAGGCGUUUCAGGGAGAACUUCAGGGUAUCCUUGUAACGGUGGAUCUGGCCUCCUUGACAGCGAGAACCCGUCGCGACGUCUCCGUAGAAGAGUCGUUUGGAUAG